AUUUAUCAUUGGCUGUAUACAACUGAAGGAGUAAACUGAAUCUAUGUUAGGGACAUUUUACUCCUUUCACCGGUAUGAUUUAAGCAGGGUAAAAUUGUUAAGGACACCGCUCGACUUUGUUCAACUCAUCUAAUAAUGUCUUGUAAUUAUCAGAUAGGAAAGUGGAUGCUUGUGGAUAAAGUAAGACAACCUACAUGAUUCAUGGUCGGUGUUUCAUUAACUCCAUGAUUAAAUAUUUCAUUUUAUCACAAACUAGGUUACAUCGUUAACUGGUUGUUCCCCAUUUUACAGCAUAAUGCAUAUGGAUUUUAACCCUCAACAAAUGAACAAAUAGCUACCCCGACCGUUAUUGACUUUUUGUUGACCGUUAAAUCUAAAUCUAAAAAAAAAAAAAUUAAAUUGUGCACGUUUCCUACUUUGUUAGCACACAUAAUACAUACAUGUGUACAUAGAUAUAUACAUUUUCUUUCUUCGAUAUUGCUCUUACAGAAAUCCCUUUUGCGUGUUUUUUGUUUCUUUCACCUGUUUUUUCCUCUUCCCUACCUCUUGUCUGUAUCAUUUAGAGACGAUCCAGUCUGCAACAAACAUUCUACUAGUCUGUAGAAUAUAUGCAUUGCAUAUUUUCUUCACGUUUAAACUGUCUCAAGAUAUCGAACAGGAAACUGGAUCAUAAGAGAUUUAUCUUCAGAUAUUUUUUCCGACUUCAAAAACUCUCUGAGAAUUAGAAUGGAAGUUGUUGAUCGCUUAGAUGUACGAACAAACAGUGGCGAGAAACCUUUAUGUAGGGAAACAUUCAUUAAGCAAAGAUCGUUGCACGGAAAUAUUCCUGAAUAUCGCUGUGAGAUUUGUAGGAAAACAUUCUCUUCAGCGCAUGAAGUAUUUACUCACAAAGAAAUACCCUGUCGGGAAAAACCUUUCCACUGCGAAAUUUGUGGAAAAUCUUUUGUCUACAGCAGCGACCUAACAAAACACAAAAGGAUUCACACUGGAGAAAAACCUUAUCACUGUGAGAUGUGCGGCAAAUCUUUUGUCUCCAACAGUGAAUUAAGAAAGCACAAGAGAAUCCACACUGGUGAAAAACCUUUCCACUGUGAAACGUGUGGAAAAUCUUUUGUCUACAAUAGUGACUUAACAAAGCACAAACGGAUACAUACUGGGGAAAAACCUUAUCGUUGUGAAAUCUGUGAUAAAGCGUUUUCUAUUAAUUCCAGUCUUGUUAUCCACAUCCGUACGCACACUGGAGAAAAACCGUUCCCCUGUAAAAUAUGUGAGAAAUCUUUCGUCUCCCAUGGUGACUUAACAAAACACAACAAAAUACACACUGGUGAAAAAACAUUUCACUGCAGAAUAUGUGGCAAAGCUUUUGUCUACAACAGUGAUUUAAAAAAGCAUGAAAGGAUCCACACUGGAGAAAAACCUUAUCACUGUGAAAUCUGUGGUAAAGCCUUCUCUGAUAAUUCUAGUUUUGUUGUCCACAGGCGUACUCAUACUGGAGAAAAACCCUUUCCUUGUGAAAUCUGUGGGAAAUCGUAUGUUAAUAAUUCUCAUCUUCUGGUUCACAAAAGAAUCCACACUGGUGAAAAGCCCUACCAUUGUGAAAUCUGUGGCAAAUCCUUCUCUAAUAAUUCUAAUUUUGCAGUUCACAGAAGAAUACAUACAGGAGAGAAACCUUAUAAUUGUAAAAUCUGUGAGAAAUCAUUUGUCACUAACAGUCUCUUAAAGACACAUGAAAUAAUCCAUGCAGGAGAAAAACCCUUCGACUGUAAAAUAUGUGGGAAACAUUUUGUCUCUAAUAGGGAUUUGAACAGACACAAAAGAACACACACUGGAGAGAAACCAUUCCAUUGUGAAAUCUGUGGCAAAUCCUUCUCUCUCAAUUCAAGUCUUACCAUCCACAAGCGUAGUCACACUGGAGAAAGACCGUAUCAUUGUGAAAUAUGUGGGAGAUCAUUUAUCACGAAUAGUGUCUUAAAAAGACACAAACGAAUCCACACUGGAGGAAAACCUUGUGAAACAUGCCAUUAUCCAGCAGCAGCUCAUCCACGGGGCCUCGUUCCAGGAAUAUCCCAUUUAAUAUUCCUGCGAUUUCCUCUGCAGUCCCCGUCUUCAUCUCCCUCCAUAUGGCCAUCCGCCCCGGUCAGCAGUCAACCAUUGAGAGGAGUAAUUGAUAUGGAAGACGUUAAUCACUUGGACAGUUCUAACGCAACUAUUUUCAACAAUAUAGAUACAGUUACACAGACAGACGGAGACGAGAAACCUUUAUACUGUGAAACAUUUAUUCGCCAACGAUCAUUAUACGGAAAUAUUCCUGAAUAUAGCUGUGAGAUUUGUAGGGAAACUUUCUCUUCAGAACAUGAAGUAUUUACUCACAAAGAAAUACACAAUAUCGAAAAGCCCUACAAGUGUGAAAUAUGUGGAAAAUAUUUUGCCAAAAACCGCGAUUUAACAACACACAUAAGAAUCCACACUGGAGAAAAACCUUAUCACUGUGAAAUUUGUGGGAAAUCGUUCUCUCAUAAUUCUAGUCUUGUCAUUCACAUACGAAUACAUACUGGAGAAAAGCCGUAUCCUUGUGAAAUCUGUGGUAAAUCGUUCGCUGAUAAUUCUAGUCUCGUAGCUCACCAAAGAGUACACACUGGAGAAAAACUGUUUAAUUGUGAAAUAUGUGAAAAAUCAUUUGUCUUCAAAAGUGAUUUAAACAGACACAAAAGAAAACACACAGGAGAGAAACCCUAUCACUGUGAAAUCUGUGAGAAAUCAUUCUCUGAUAAUUCUAGUCUCUUAGUUCACCGAAGAAUCCACACUGGAGAAAAACCAUAUCAUUGUCAAAUAUGUGGGGUAUCUUUCUCUGAUAAUUCCAGUCUUGUACGUCACCGCAAAAUUCACACUGGAGAAAAACAGUUCCACUGUGAAGUAUGUGGAAAGUCUUUUGUGUCGAAAAGUGAUUUAAACCGACACAAAAGAAUCCACACUGGAGAAAAGCCUUAUCACUGUGAAAUCUGUGGGAAAUCUUUCACUCGGAAUUCUCAUCUUCUUAACCACAUACGUAGUCAUACAGAUGAGAAACCCCUUUCACUGUGAAAUGAAUAGUUAAUUCGUCACUUAGAAUUCUACACUAGGUGGGAUUCUGGUGUAAGAAUCGCAUAUAACACCAGUCUGGAACUCCUAUGUUGCCCAGCAUAGCAAUCUUCUGGAAACUAUUCAGAAACGUGCAACCAAAUGGAUAUCCGCUUCAGGCGUCUACCAUACUCUGAAUGCCUUGCUUCCUUGGGCAGGACACAUUAAAGCUCAGAUGUCUGGCAACUGAGUUAGUAGACAUCCACAAGAUAUCCACCAUCUUUCCAUCAACAACCUUGGGCACCUUUUUGAAUUCCAUAUGUCAAACACUUGUAGACAUGCUUGCAAAAUCAAAAAAACAAUACAGCACCCAUGACUUUCAGAAACAUUUUUCACACUCAGAAUUGCUGAAGCAUGGAAUAAACUAUCCGUGUCGGUUGUUAGCUGUUGAGACUACAUCCUUCAAAACUCCAUGCUUCCUGAAAUUUGCUAACAAUACACCUAAUACCUUUUUUUUUCUUCUUCUUUGUAGUGCACCUGAGCACUGUAUACAACAAUUUCAUUAUUAUUAUUUAACCCCUCAGAACUCUUUCAAUUUUUGGAAUUUUCAGAAAAAUUUUUUGCAAAUUUGUGUUCUGCAACAGGAAUUCAUGGGAAAAAGACUAAAUAGUUUUUUAAUUCUCCAUCCCCAAUCUCAAAAGUUCCAUUCUUUUUCGUUUCUUUAAAAAACAAAUUAGAGUUAAAUAUACAGCAAUUUCAAAUAAUUUGUUUAAAUCCCUAUUCCAUUAAAUAUGUUUAUGGAGAGAAAAAUUAUUGAAAAACAUCUAUACAUCUCAGAGUGACAAAGAAACGAGGAAGGCAUCAGGUAAUUAUGAUGUGCUGAAAACAACAGCUUAAUUGCCCUUAAAUCACAAAUUUUUUUUCUUUUGCAUACUUGUAUGAAUUCCUUUGUGUAGAACACAAAUUCGUAAAAAUUUCCAGAAAAUUCCAAAAUGAAUACAAAGGUUAUGGGGGUGCUUAAAUUAGAAUUCUGCCCUAAACAUCUGCAGAAUUCUUUUGUCUCCCAAGAUGCGAAAGGUUACACAUUAAGAGAAACACUGACUAUGAACAAUGAGGAAAAUUAUUUACACAGACUUUGUUACCUAUAAUCCUAGUCAAAACUAGAGAAAACCAUAUCUUUGUGAAAAUGUGUGGGAAAUAAUUUAUCAUUACUAUUUUGUUUUUUUAAGAUUAAGCCAUAUACAUGCUGGAGGGAAACUUUGUGAAACCUAAGAAAUCCUCUUGCAACUUCAAACUUACAGUCCACUAACAGAGUACACAUUGGUGAACAGUUAUCACUUGUGAAAUAUGUAGGUAAUAAUUAUCAUUGAAUUCUUAUGGUGUAUCCUACCAAAGUAUUCUUGUUUGAGAGAAACCUUUUCUCUAAAAUAUUUGAAUUGUAAACUAGCAGUUGGUAAAUGACUAAAUACAUGACAAAAUCUAUUGCAAAGUGAAAUAUCUGGAGAAUUAUUCAGUGUGAAGAGUAAGUCUUGUAAUCUUUGGUUGAAUACACACUGGAGUAAAAAAAGAAAAAAAGAAAAUGUAAUGACAAAUGACCAAGACCUUUGGCAAUAUGUUAUGCUUGAGAAGAAGAGCUAUCUUGUAGCAGAUAUUGGUGUCAUGCAAAUUGACACCUGUGCCAGUGGCACAUAAAAGCAUCUAUUACACUCUUGGAGUGGUUGGUGUUAGGAAGGGCGUCCAGUUAUAGAAGCCAUGCCAAAUCAGACUAAGGUCUGGUGCAGCCCUGGUCAAACCGUCCAACCCAUGCUAGCAUGGACAACAAAUGAUGAUGAGGAAGAAAUAUGUUGGUAAUCAUUCUUUGAGUUGCAGUGUUGUGAUCCACAAAUACACUCAGGAGAAAGAUCUAUUCUCUGUUAUUUGUCAUUAAAAUCAUGGUCUCAUUAAUGAUGAUUUUCAAAAUGCAGGAGUAAAAUCUUAUAGAUGUGAGAUUUGUGAAAAAAUACAUUCAUAUGCCAAAUAUAUAUAUUUAUAAUUAGAUGUAAAAGUUUUUUUGUUAAUAUAUGUGUUGUUGUUGUUGGCAUCCUUUUGUCUCAGGAGACAAUGGAGUUGCACAUAAACUAAUCCAGUCUGGUUUUUACAUUUCAUGUCCUCUCAAGUUUUGUGCAGGCCUGGGCUAGAUGUAAGGAAAUCCUGGGUAACCCAAUCGUCAGGAUUCCUCUCACGACCUUGCUGACAUAGUCCAAAGGAGUGCAGAGCAUUACGUUUGGCACCAGCUUGGUUUCAAGAGCUGCCGGAAGAGUGUCAAGUCAAACACUAAACCGCCUACGAGGCUCCGCUCCGAAUUUCUUUGAAGGUUGUCUCCUUUCUGUAACCCUGGAUAGGGGCCCGUACUGGAUACUGUCAGCUGGAGCCAGCUGACCCCAGGACUUGUGUCAGGCAGGGUUGUCACUCCCUGAAGUAGUGAAGAAAAUCGCUACCCACUACCUAAUAUAUGUAUAUUAUUGUAUUAUUAAUACAUAACUGUGUCUAAUCAACAUCUACUCACUGUCUACCUCAUCUGUUAUAUCAUUUUUAUGUUAACGUGGUGGCAUUGCCUGCAUUUUGCAAUCAGAACUACUUUGUAUGACUACCACUGGUUCAAUAUCGGACAGUUUCCUAGUAUGCCACUUGGGUAAUGCUACUGAACUACAAUACUCACUUAUAACAGUGUGUGUGUAUACCUAUAUCUGAAUGCUGGUCAAAUGGGCUCCACGUAAGUUGGCGAUUUUUGCAUAUUUGAAAGUUUUCAUUGUUGAAUAUUUUGUGUUUAAAAGUUGUGCAACAACAUUCACUUCAAAACUUGAUAAAUAUUUACAUAGAAUUUCGCCCCUGUGUGGGCGAAAUUUCCAAAAUUUUGAAGGCUUUUGUAGAUUCAAUUUAGCCAUUUUUCAUUUUGAAAAUGGUGACUGGAAACCACGUAGCCAGUGUGCAAGUCAUGCAGAAUGCUAGCGAGGUGCUGAAAACAACAAAAAAUUUCCCUAGCGUACUGCUACCAUUAGCUGCUGAACCUGUCAGCUUGAACGCUGCUGUUACCACCACCAACAACAACAAAACUAACGCCGCAAGGCCAUCCACCUUCACCGCCACCAAAGACAUCAGCUCUGCUGUCAACACCAACACCACUACUACAACUACCUUCUCUGCUACCGACACCGACACCACCACCAGUGACAACAAAAACAAAUCAAAUUUUGCAGAAGCCUUAAAACAAAAAAAGACCAUACUACACUUCACAACACAGUAAAUAAAACAAACAUAGUCCCUCUUAACUCAAGAAGGUUCAAAUCUACACCUCAACAUCCCACAAAAUAUAGACAUCACACAAAAGAGAACAAUUGUGUAUAAAAUCAUAAAUGCAAAAACACGCAGACGAGAGCAAGCACCACAGGAUGUGAUAGUAAAAUGUUUGCGUCUGAUAUGGGCAUAUAAGAAUUAUGUGAACUGGUGGAAGAGAUAUGCCACGAUACAAGUUCGCUUCAACAGCAAAGAAAAAGCCAAAGAACACUCAAUCUACAGUCUGAGAAACUAAUUUUAAUUCAGGCGUAUCUUGGUCAGCGUGUGACCAAAAUCUCAAUCAAAAAUGUCCCUCUGGAAGUAGAGUCACAAUGGUUGUUGUCUGCCAUUUGUUACAGCAUGGAGGAGAACAUAAACAUCCUGGAGAUUACUGUCUUAGAGCAACAAAAUUGAUCGGGGAAAAUGAUUCAGUUGCUGAUGUAAAUAGAUCAGGACUCAAUCAAUAGCAUCCCACCAAAUUGAGCUGCCUGACGGCCAUAACCUAUAUGUGGUGAUAGAAGGUCGGAGGUCUCGCUGUUACUUGUGUGGCAGCGAAGAGCACCUAAAAACUGAUUGCCCAACAGUGAAGAAACAACAAAAACAAGAACAACAACUACAACAGGGAAAAAGUGAAAGGUAAAAAGAACCCUUACUACCCACAUGACAAAGGAAACACACCAACCAAACCCACCAACACCAGCAAAUGAACAUACAACAGCACCUGGAAAAACACCACCAACAAGAACUAAAGAAACAGAAAAACCAAAAGGCAAUACAAAAGCUGAUUCCCCUUCCCUGACAUCGCAUAUACCUCACACAAACAGUCAACAACCAACAACAACACAAACAUGCAUAGAAGCUUACAACAUGCCCUCUGAUUCCUCAGAAAUUUCGUCAGAAGACAAAAGCAGUGAGGAAUGGCAAAUAGCCAGAAAAGGAAGGAUCAAGAAAAGAACCAAGCCAAAUUCAAACAAAGCAGGGAGAUACACAACUCUGGAAAACUUUUCAAGCAUCAACACUAGCACACACAACACCAACACCUCAAAAACAAACACACACACAAUGCUCACUGCCAUCAACACAAAAAAAUACAGAGAUGAUGGAAUACAUCAGCACAAAAACAAACCUGAUACACAAAGACAAAAACAAACAACCACCCAUACACAACACCACUAGAACACAUUAAAAUAUUGCACAUCACACUAAAAUCCAUUUACCCUGAUGCGAUGGGAAGAUGCCAGAAGUACUCCUCCCAAAAAAUUAAUAGUGAUCUCUAGGAAAAACCAAAGAUGGAGACAAAAACUUUUGAAUGGUAAGUGACUCUCUGUUCCUAUCAUUAGUGUUUACACACACACACACACAUCAUUAGGAUUAUGAUCAAGGUUGGCUGUGUGAAUGCGUGUGGCUUGGGGUCCCCUUGGAAACAAGGGUAUCUCUUAAACGACAUAAAGCCACAUGAAUUAGAAUUCAUAGCCAUAAGUGAGACCAGACUCCUUAAUCCACGGGCCCUAAAGUCCAUGUUUGGCGGACAGUUUAACAUUUAUUUUUUCCCCUGUCUGCCGUGAAUGGGUGGUAGUGGCACUGAGGUACUUUUUCAGAAGAGUCUGGAUCUCGAAGUAAAGACAAUAUUCAUAGACCAGGAGGGUAGACUGGUUGUCCUAGAUGUCAACAGCAGCAAUGGGUAUGCUUUUCAACUUGUAUCAGUAUGCACUGCCUUUAACAGCUCGGCCGGCUUUCUUUCAACGUCUAGAAGUAUUCCUAGGAAAGUCUUGUCCUUUACUUUUAGUGGGGGAUUGGAAUGCUACCUUGGACAUGCAUCUAGACUACGUGGGCAGAGAUAGGAAUAGAUGGGGAUGCAAAUGCCUUAGAGACCUGCUCAGGCGCUUUCAACUGUCUGGCAGGUACUGACUCGACCACCUGAAUGUGCCAAUGUGGACAUGGAGCAACUGCAUCGAGUCGUCGAGAUAGUAUCUAGAUAGGAUUCUGUGUGGGACAGUAGAUAGAAAUAGCGUAGGGUGUCCACAAUUCCACAUAAUCAGCUACACGGAUCACAAACUUGUGACGUGUACGCUAGACUUAGAUAAGAAACAUAGGCAGGGUCCCGGUUACUGGAAACUAAACGCGUCUUUCCCAUCGAGACCGGAUUAGCAUGCUAGUAAAGAGGGCUUUGAUGGGAGUCAUCAUCAACAACAAAUGGUGGUUUGCCCUCGAGAGCUAUAAAAGCAGAAGCGAUUAGGUAUAGCAAAACACUAGCCAUAGAUAGAAACAGAGUAGAGGGUGACCUAGUUAAGAAGUUAGAAGAGGUGAUAAGAAGCAGCAUUGCAUCCAACGUUUUGGCAGCGAAGUUGGCCCUCGACCGAUGGUCAGGCAAUCCAAUGCUGCCAACACCUGCUUAAAGGAGGGCUGGGCAUGCCAUGGUUGUUGAUGUGCAGACACGAGCUGAGACUGCGACAUCUCUGACGAGGAAUACCUGACCUGUCUGUUCAAGACGACUUUCGGGCCGGAACCUAUGGACAACUUCCAGAGAUCCCUGGCCUGGCAGUGUUAUCAAGAAGCGCUACCCAUUUGGGAUAAGCUCAACAGGCACGGCUUGAGAAACACCAAGCAGACCUGCCCGAAAUGUGGUCAGUGCGACGAAACUGUUCUGCAUGCACUCGUGUAGUGUCCAACCAUUUCCGACCUGUGGACUUAUGUCGAACGACUGCUGUCACGUGUGGGACGAGUCAGUUUAUCAGCCGAGUCUAUCAUCAAUAUUGUCAUGCCUCCUUCCCUCAAAUGGGAAGGAAGAGCUAUUUUCAUCGUACUUGUGGCUAUGGCGAAAGAAUGUGUCUGGUGGAUGCAUCUGAAAGGAUUAGAGACAAACACUUUCCUCUCUGGUCAAUCUCUCAUCAACUUCUUCAAGUAUCAGUUGAAAAGGAUGGUGAGAAUAGAGAGGCAAGUUUUGUCUAGCGAAUGUUUCAACAAAAUAUGGGUGAAUGUAGCAAGGAUGGCACGUGUGAAUGACGGAGCCACCUUGAGCGUGAUCCUAUGAACUGGAAAAAAAAAACAAAGGAUAAGCAGAGAGUUACCUACUUGUAAAUGUGUUAUGUGACAUUAUUGCCCAAGGUUACUGUGGUCUUUUUGUAGGAUUUUCUUUCCAUGGAUAAACCACCCCACUUUUGGGAACUUUUUGUACUAUUUCCACUUUUUUGUAUAUCCCAAACGAUUUUGAUCCCUUUUGAUUGUUGUCCCUAUUUUUAAUUUCUGUUUGUUUUUGCACCCCCUCAAAAAGAAAAACUCUACAUUGUAUUUGUCCCCUCUAUGUUCAGUCCUGUGUGGCCAAUAAAGAAAGUUAUCUGUC